UCUAUGCUUAACCGUGAGGGUAGAAUGGGAACCCAGUCCCACUUUCACCAUCUUCUGGGCAAACAGGAAAUUAAAUACACAGAAACAAAACAUGAGUCAAGGUGGUAUAGAGCACUGGGCUAGGACUCAAACUUUGCUGUCUGUGCCAUGGGUGAGUUUGAGGAUGGAAUUCCAUCUUUUUAGAAUCUCUUUGAGUGCAGGCAGAUAGGCAGGCCUCUGACUGGAAGCCACAUGAGCCUGGGCAGCUUACACCUAUCCCCGUGCUCAUGGAAGAUAUUCAGUAAGUGCUCAUAGUGAAUGCUUAUUCAUAUCGGUGAGUGAAUGUAUCAUUCAGCCUCUUCUAUAAAUUAAUUUAAUCCUUACAACAAUCCAAUAACUGAAUGACUGUCAUUGUACCCAUUUCAUAGGUGAGAAAACUGAGACAGAAAGAAAGGAAGUUUCUAAACUAAAGUUAUACAAACACAGCCAGGAAGUGGCCAACCUACACUUGGAACUGAGCUGGUCAGCUUCCAGAGACUGCUCUCCUCUAUCCUGCCACUCCAAGACUAGUACAAGUCUGUGGGGAUUUUCUUGGAGGGACAGAAGUCCAAGACGAUGGUCCCUGCAAGCCCAGACACAGGGUUCUUCAAAGCGGCAACCCCAGAAAUUGUGAGCCUUGUGGUGCUCCCUGUGUCACUGUCACUGCCCACCUUCUCCCAUAGCCUCUAAUCUUAGAUUGUUGAGACUGGUCACACAAGAACAGGCAUGGCUGCAGUCUGAGACACGCUGCUGCUCGGCCACCUUUGAGAUGCAAGAUCUUCUUACAGCCCAGGGAGCAGAUACCGUGGUAGGAGACAAGGUGGGGGUCAGGCUGGCAGUUCCCUUCCUCAGAGCCACUGAUGCUCUCAUCUAAGAGCCUGAGACCAACACCUUGACAGCCAACCUGCUUCGGUAUCCAAUUCCAACCUGUCUCAGAUGCCUAAUAUGGCAUUGACUGUGUGAACAGUCAGCAUGUAACCUGGAUGGUGAGCCCUCACUUAACAUCAUCAGUAUGUCCUCGGAAACCGUAACUUGAAGCAAAACGACCUACUGGAUGCUGUAGGAACUUAACUCUUGUUUAUGUAAAUUAACCAGCAGUAAGAUUGGUUUCAUUCUACUGUGUGUCACGUUGUUUAAAGUAGCAGUUUCCAAGAGCCUAUCUACCAAGGAUGUUAGUGAAGACUUAGUGUAGUCAGGUGCCCUUUGUGUAGCAGAUUUGGUUGUAGUGUUUAUUCUGGGGGUGGGGAGAGGCUAGGUCAAGUGGGCAAGAAGAGACGGUGAUUCUCUCCACUGAGGAUUCUGCUGAGUGCCAUUUUCCACCAGACAUUUCCACUGACUGCUGCUGACACCAGAACACCUAGAAAAGAUGCUGAAUCCAUUACCGAAUGAUGUUCUGAUAUCCUACAGUUUUAGAAGGCAAACAUGUUCUCUAAAAGGCACAGAAUAUUCCCCUAGAAUAUUCACCCUAGCUAGCUUUUUUUCGAUAUUGUUUUCCAUUAAUUUUGUGGUGAAUAGUUUGAUAGUCUACAUAGCUGCUUAUUCAAGAGUUCAUAGCAGUUCAUGGCUAAUUUUUAGUGUGCACCUUACUCAGAUACUCCCCUUGCUUUUCCUGACUACACCAGCACUUUGUGGCAACACAGAAUGUCCCUGGCCACGUCCUCCUCCCUCUGCCAUGCAGUCUGUCUUGCUGUCAUACUCACGAUCUUUCUUCACAUCUAUUUUUAGUUUUCCUGGCUCAAGCUUCUUCAGGCCACUGAAACACAACCCUCACUUUCUCUCUCUCUGGCAUUCAAGCUGCUGGUAGGAGCCCCCCAAGUAAAAGUUGCUUUAGAAACCCUUUAGUGCUCCUUCCUCAGGAAAACGUAUCACAACUCAGUUUUCAAGCUGGAUAUGAGCUGGACGACCUUCUGAUGGGCUUUAGACUUUGAAUUGAAUGUGGACAUUUUUCUCUCAGAUGACAGAAUCCCUCCAACUUCCUCUUUGCAGUUGCUUCCUUUCCUUGAAGGUAGCCGUAUCUUGUUUUCUGUAAAGAAAAACGUUUUCCUUCCAAAGUUGCCUGCCAUGCCAACUGUCAUUAGUGCGUCUGUGGCCCCACGGACAGGGGCUGAGCCCAGGUCCCCAGGGCCCGUUCCUCAGCCAGCCCAGAGCAAGACCAUCGAGGCUGGGGGCGGAAACCCAAGUGGCAUCUAUUCAGCCAUCAUCAGCCGCAAUUUUCCUAUAAUUGGAGUGAAAGAAAAGACUUAUGAGCAGCUUCACAAGAAAUGUCUAGAAAAGAAAGUUCUUUAUGUGGACCCUGAGUUCCCACCGGAUGAGACCUCUCUCUUUUAUAGCCAGAAGUUCCCAAUCCAGUUCGUCUGGAAGAGACCUCCGGAAAUUUGCGAGAAUCCCCGAUUUAUCAUUGGUGGAGCCAACAGAACCGACAUCUGUCAAGGAGAACUAGGGGACUGCUGGUUUCUCGCAGCCAUCGCCUGCCUGACCCUGAACAAGCGGCUCCUUUUCCGGGUCAUACCCCAUGAUCAAAGUUUUGUGGAAAACUAUGCAGGGAUCUUCCACUUCCAGUUCUGGCGCUACGGAGACUGGGUGGACGUGGUUAUUGAUGACUGUUUGCCAACGUACAACAAUCAACUGGUUUUCACCAAAUCCAACCACCGCAAUGAGUUCUGGAGUGCUCUGCUGGAGAAGGCUUAUGCUAAGCUCCAUGGUUCCUAUGAAGCUCUGAAAGGUGGGAAUACCACAGAGGCCAUGGAAGACUUCACAGGAGGGGUGACAGAGUUUUUUGAAAUCAGAGAUGCCCCCAGAGAAAUGUACAAGAUCAUGAAGAAAGCCAUCGAGAGAGGCUCCCUCAUGGGCUGCUCCAUUGAUGAUGGCACGAACAUGACCUAUGGAACCUCUCCUUCUGGUCUGAACAUGGGGGAGUUGAUUGCACGGAUGGUGAGGAAUAUGGAUAACUCGCUGCUCAGGGACUCAGACCUCGACCCCAGAGGCUCAGAUGACAGACCGACCCGGACAAUUGUUCCGAUUCAGUAUGAGACCAGAAUGGCCUGUGGGCUGGUGAAAGGUCAUGCCUACUCGGUCACUGGGCUGGAAGAGGCCCAAUUCAAAGGUGAGAAAGUAAAGCUGGUGCGGCUGCGGAACCCCUGGGGCCAGGUGGAGUGGAACGGCUCUUGGAGUGAUGGUUGGAAGGACUGGAGCUUUGUGGACAAAGAUGAGAAGGCCCGUCUGCAGCACCAGGUCACUGAGGAUGGAGAGUUCUGGAUGUCAUAUGAUGAUUUCAUCUACCAUUUCACAAAGCUGGAGAUCUGCAACCUCACAGCCGAUGCCCUGGAGUCUGACAAACUCCAGACCUGGACAGUGUCAGUGAACGAAGGCCGCUGGGUGAGGGGCUGCUCUGCCGGAGGCUGCCGAAACUUCCCAGACACUUUCUGGACCAACCCACAGUACCGUCUGAAACUCCUGGAGGAGGACGACGACCCAGAUGACUCUGAGGUGAUCUGCAGCUUCCUGGUGGCCCUGAUGCAGAAGAACCGUCGGAAGGACCGGAAGCUGGGGGCCAACCUCUUCACCAUCGGCUUCGCCAUCUAUGAGGUUCCCAAAGAGAUGCACGGGAACAAGCAGCACCUGCAGAAGGACUUCUUCCUGUACAACGCCUCCAAGGCCAGGAGCAAGACCUACAUCAACAUGCGAGAGGUGUCCCAGCGCUUCCGCCUGCCUCCCAGCGAGUACGUCAUCGUGCCCUCCACUUAUGAGCCCCACCAGGAGGGAGAGUUCAUCCUCCGGGUCUUCUCUGAAAAGAGGAACCUCUCUGAGGAAGCUGAAAACACAAUCUCUGUGGAUCGGCCAGUGAAAAAGAAAAAGCCCAAGCCCAUCAUCUUCGUUUCAGACAGAGCAAACAGCAACAAGGAGCUGGGUGUGGACCAGGAGUCAGAGGAGGGCAAAGACAAAACAAGCCCUGAUAAGCAAGAGAAAUCCCCACAGCCACAGCCUGGCAACACUGACCAGGAAAGUGAAGAGCAGCAGCAAUUUCGGAACAUUUUCAAGCAGAUAGCAGGCGACGACAUGGAGAUUUGUGCAGAUGAGCUCAAGAAUGUCCUUAACACAGUUGUGAACAAACAUAAGGACCUGAAGUCACAAGGGUUCACGCUGGAGUCCUGCCGUAGCAUGAUUGCUCUCAUGGAUACAGAUGGCUCUGGGAGGCUGAAUCUACAAGAAUUCUAUCACCUCUGGAAUAAGAUUAAGGCCUGGCAGAAAAUUUUCAAACACUAUGACACAGACCAGUCCGGCACCAUUAAUAGCUACGAGAUGCGAAACGCAGUCAAUGAUGCAGGAUUCCACCUCAACAGCCAGCUCUAUGACAUCAUCACCAUGCGCUACGCGGACAAGCACAUGAACAUUGACUUCGACAGUUUCAUCUGCUGCUUCAUCAGGCUGGAGGGCAUGUUCAGAGCUUUCAAUGCAUUUGACAAGGAUGGAGAUGGCAUCAUCAAACUCAAUGUUCUGGAGUGGCUACAGCUCACCAUGUAUGCCUGAACCAGGCUAGCCUCAUCCAAAGCCAUACAGGAUCACUCAGGAUUUCAAGUUCACCCAAUACAGCUGGAAGCACUUACCUCAAAGGACCCAGAGGACCCAGUAGCUGCUGCCCAGUUGGCUUCCAGGCUUCCACUUUGCUCCCUACUAGGCUUUGACCAUCAUGCCCAGCCUGUCCCUUCAGUAAAGCAAUGCAGUAGGGAGAACAACAUUGUUCCUUUGCCAUGUGAAGGAAAAGUGUCUGCUUCAGUGAGUUGUAACCCAAGAGGUCUGGGCUGAUCUGAGACAAAUGGUCCUGCUUCCCCUGCUCCAGGCUGUUUGCAGAAGCGUUUGCCAGUGGCACUCAGCACUUCUUUAUGCUGGAAGCCUCCACCACUCUUAUGCUCUCCCACCCAUGGGAUAGUAACUUCGUCUGCCUGAUUGUUUUAGGAGAGGCCUGCUUUGGGUAAACUAACUCAGUGGAAUAGGGCUGGAUAUUUUGGGUCAUCUCACGUGUAAGUCUGGCCACAAUCUGAAAAAAAAGAAAAAAAAAAACUGAUCUAAAUAAAGGCAUGUGGAUGGGUGA